AUGGAACUUAAUAUUAGAACUUGUAAUGAACUUCAGAAGGAAUAUUUUAGAUGUCUACGUAAAUCAAAUUUAGAAUCAAGAAAGUGUAAAGAUUUAGAACUACAACUAGAAGCAUGUUCAAAUAAUACACAAAGGAAUUAUUGUAUAAAUGAAUUAAAAUCCCUAAUAAAAUGUAUACGAAAACCUAAUAAAAGUGGAUGUAGUAGAGAAUUUAUAGAAAUGAGAGAAUGUAAUAGACCAGGAGGACCUAGGAUUAAAUAUGAGAGUGGGACUUAUUUUAUAAAGAUUGAAAAUAAUAAGUAUAUUAAGAUACCUGAAUAUGCUCUAUUUGGAAAUAGAACUAGUAUGAAAGAAUCAAUAAACAAAUUAAGAGAAGAAUUUAAAAGUAAUAAUACUAGUGGGAAAUUAAAGAAAAGUUUAACAAAUGAAGCAUAUAUUUUAACAUAUCCAAUGAAAAUAGCAGGAAAUAUGAUCCCUUCAAUGAUUAUGAUUUAA